AUGGCAAAUUUAUUCAUGACCGAGGAUGGCGCUCAAGGCCCAACCACCGACUUCGCCGAUCAUAUAUCCGAUCUACGCACCGCUUCAGUCCAGCAUGAUGGGAUAGCCAUUGGGUUUCGACGCAGAAUGGAUCUAGACGACUCUAGCACUAUAGACAUUGGAACGAGCGGCACUUCAGUAUCACACGAUCUCCAAUCUGACGAGUCCGACUAUUCCUCCGAUUCAACCAGCUCUGCGGAUUUCGAGUAUCAUGGAAAUAGUGUGCUUUUUUCGCCUCUUCCUACACUAUCUGUCGCGCAUACCAAGACUCGACCACGUUUAUUUGCAGCGAAGCUUGCCAAGCAGCAUCAGAUUGUCGCAGCUUCAGGCGGAAUUCAAGCCCCGCAGCCUCCUGGUUUCCCGAUUUCUUCGCGAUCCUCUUCUCGGUCUGCGAGAUCCGCCCCAGCUUUUGAUACAGAGACACACGAUUCCGAUAAAGACCUUGGUGAGAGAAUAGGGAAGUUUUGGAUUAGGUUAAGGAAGCGACGAGUGACUGUAUUGAAUAUUUUGGAUGAGCUGAAUGAGAAACGCAUUCAGCUCCAAGAUGCGCGCCGACGGAAAAGCGAACUGGAACGUAACAUCUUCCAAGAUCUGAGACUGGACCUCCUCGAAAAACACCGUAAUGAGCUGGAGCAGCGCCUGCAAGCAGCUGAGCGCGCGCAAUUCGACGUCGAAGAGGCCGAGCAGGCUGUAGAGUCAUUGACCGAUGACCUUAAUGAUGCUGAGAGAGAAAUUGAGAUCAUGGAAAGGCGCUUCUACAGCCAGGUUCUUGCAAGUGAUUCCGCACUAUCAACAAGAGAUAGUAUUUCUGCUAGGCCAUCUCGCCCUCCAUCCAGAGCUUCUCUUUUUGGUAUAAGUCGUGACCGACCAGAUCUUGUCCAUCCGCUGUACAUGCAACUACGCGAAGUCUUUGGAAAUUUACAGCUUGCCAGGGAAGACCUCCAUAACUUGGUAUUCAGGCGCGUCGCCAUAGAGUCAGGAGACGUGCAGCUCGACGAUGACAAAGUGAAGUUCUUGGAAACCUUCCCAGAGCACCAACGCAAGGCUGAGGAGAAAAUAAGACAGUUAACUAUGGAAUUCGACCAGCUCCAGGCUGAAUGUCAAAUGAGAGGUGUCGUUCCUGCCAGCAUUCCUUUCUACGAAGACGAGGAUGGAUAUAAACCUAUCAUUCGACAGCUGGAGGACCCAGCUUUGAAUCUUCUAAACUCUGCACAUAGUCCGUCAGCUGAGGAACCAGCGACUCUAUCGAACGAAAUCCAUCCGAUUCUGCUAUCGAAUCCAAAGCAUGUCUUGCAAAACCCGCCACUGACAACGAAGCAAGCUGUGAAAAAGGCAGUGUCAAUGCCAAAGAACGACCCUGGCCGAGCGCAGGCUAUUACCGAAGCUAUCCAAGAGCAUGGCAUCGACUCACUCUUUUCUACAGGGCAGCCCGGAAACAAGUUCGACUACAUUAACCGCUGGCUGCUCCAUAAAAUGAGGACAUCUGCUAUGGAGGUUGAAGUUCUAGAGUCGGUGUUUGACACUGUACUAAAGUACAUUGACGGCCACCAAUGGCAGCUCGAUGUGUUAGCAUUCUGGGCCAGAGACGAAGCUGCCCAAAUGCGAAGCAUGUCUAUUGCUAGUACCGUAACCUCAACGCCGAGCGAUAGGAGAGCCCCAGUAACUCAUUCUUGUGCUCCUACAAAUGCUCAACCCGAGUUCAAUACUGAGCUAUCCCAUGUUGGAUCUUGGGAUGAGUCCGAAAAAACUCCACUGUCGGAACCAACGAAGCAGCACCUCGACCACAGCCUGCAAAUUACUACUGCCGCCGCUAAUGGCCAUGAAGACGACAAAUUUUGCAAAACUCCCAAAGCAUCAAGUCUGGAUGGACAGAACAUCGAUUCGGCUACAAAGCUCGCCCUAGACACAAGGGAUGAGACGGAAACACUCAGGCCGAGGCGAAGGGCUAGCUUUGAGAUACCAGCAGAACGAGCUUCAUCAACCUCUGACUCAGAGCACCUAAUGUUCCAUACGCCGAACGAUUCCCCAAACUUGAUGCAAACACUGCAAAGCACAGCCAUGCUCACAGGCGACUUGUAAUUUCGGGAUGUAUUGCUGAAGAGGUUUGUCUUCUAGUAUUAGGCAGGAACCCUGAUACCCUCAUUUGUAUUGUAUCUGUGUCGAUUGGGGCUCUCGUCAGAUUGCUGACUGGUGUAUUUAUCCGUACAUGACGCUCAAAGUUUUGAAUACAAUAUAUGUACCACAAGCAGUCUUCAUAUUGUACUCAUAUGUUAUACCAUCCUCCAGGUGUAGAUCACCAAACGGCCACACCAAGACUCUCAAGCUAUCUCGAGGGAAGCACCACUGAUCGGCGGAGAGUGCGGCACUGCGUUACUAGAUCACUCAACUAGCGACAAAAGAGGCCGCGUCCGUUUAAGAAAAGUAGCAACAACACGAUGAGCAUCAAAUCAGCGGCAGUCAACCAUGUUGCCACGAACGAUUCCGUGUCAUCUCGUUAAUUCAGUAAGCCCUGGUGGCCAGGUCGACCACGACGUGUGUGUGUGU